AAGAGCGCGGUGAAACAUUGGCUUCUCGCGCCGGCCGGAGAAGAAGAGAAGAGUUUAGAUCUGAGAUCAUCUCUCGCGAAUCCAGGCUUCGCUUGUGCUCUGCGGCAGGUAGUGCACAGUUGUGCUUCAUUCUUCCAGUUUGUGAUUCUCAUCGCUCGGCUCUUCCCAUGUUGACCUUGCGUAGUUUUCCAAAGUAUCCAAUCAGGCUUUCUUUCACUACGACAAGAUUGUAUAAACCUCCUGCAAUAAUGGCAGGCUCCUUGCAUUCUUCAAAGGAGGUAUCUUCCACCCAUUUGGAUAAUACUCUACCUACCAAAGACGUGCUUGAGAUUUGGCGCAAAGCAGAAGCAGUAUGCUUUGAUGUGGACAGUACAGUGUGUGUUGAUGAAGGUAUUGAUGAACUUGCUGAUUUCUGUGGUGCUGGGCAAGCUGUUGCUGAGUGGACUAGCAAGGCGAUGAAUGGCUCUGUUCCAUUUGAGGAGGCAUUAGCUGCAAGACUAUCUUUGUUUAACCCAUCACUUUCUCAAAUCAAUGAUUUUCUUGAAAAGCGACCACCCAGAAUUUCACCUGGCAUUGCUGAGUUGAUCUUGAAGCUGCAAGCUAAUGACACUGAGGUGUACCUGAUAUCAGGAGGUUUCCGGCAGAUGAUUAAUCCUGUUUCAGUAAAGCUUGGAAUUCCUCUUGAAAACAUUUUUGCAAAUCAAUUGCUUUUUGGGAGCAAUGGCGAGUUCCUUGGUUUUGACACCUCUGAACCUACUUCAAGAAGUGGUGGAAAAGCUACAGCUGUGGAAGAUAUAAGAAAGAAGCACGGCUAUAAGUCUAUGGUCAUGAUAGGAGACGGUGCAACUGACCUUGAGGCUAAGAGACCCGGUGGAGCGGACUUAUUCAUCUGCUACGGCGGAGUUCAAUUGCGGGAAGCUGUCGCAGCGAAAGCCGAUUGGCUGGUCUUUCAAUUUCCAGGACUUGUUAAACUCUUUGGAAUGAUUCCAAUUUGUUGUUCUUUAUAUGUUGCAACAUUUGUAUUCUUAUGUGCUAUUCAUGUUAUCAUUCACAUAUCCAAUAAAUGUUCCUAAGUUUCCUUUCUUUGAGGGAUUGUAACACUGUUAAA